AUGUGGAACAGUAUCAAAGCAGCUUGGAACGGAACGGACGGGUCUGAAGAGACCGGCUCUGUCCCAGUGUACAACUUCGACCAAAUGAAGCAGAUCGUAGGACAACACGACCCCACAGUGGUCCUAGUCGAUGUUAGAGAACCUUCAGAAUACAGUGUAGUGCGUAUCCCUGGUUCCAUUAAUAUUCCAUACAGAACUCACCCUGAUGCAUUUACUUUGAACGACGCUGAAUUUCAAUCUUCCUUUGGCGUUCCUAAACCAGCACAUAACAAGGAGUUGAUCUUCUUCUGUGCCUCUGGUAUGAGAGCUUCCAAGGCUGAACAAGUAGCAUCCAAGAAUGGGUACAAUAAUACAUCCAUUUACAAGGGCUCCAUGAACGAUUGGGUCGCACACGGAGGUGACAAGUUGAACUUGUGA